AUGAGCACAAGACCAUUAAUGAGUAGAGGACAAUUAUUUACCGGGUCCCAAGGAACAGCAGGUGGUACAGCCUCCAGAAGAAUCGGAACUGCUGCAAGAGCUGGAAUGCAAACAGGAGGUGUCGGAGUGGGGUUGAACACUGAUAUCACUGUAGAGGACCGACCUGUCACUAGAGAAGGAAUGUUUGGAAUGAAGACCGGAAAUACAACACAAAAGAGACAAGUUCAAUCAGCCUCUUAUUACCUCGGAGAGUUGCAUGCAAAGAUAUCAAUGCUCACGGAAGAACUAGAAAGGUUACGAAAUGAAGGACGAAAACUGCAACAAGAUCGAGUCCAAUCUGAAGUCUUGAUCAAAAAAGAAAAUGAUUUGAAGGAAGAACUUGCACUUCUCUCAAACAAAGCAAGAGAUUUAAAUGUUAGUGUUGAAAAACUCCAACAGUUUGAUGCAAUUAACGCUCAAGACAGAGAGCCUCUGGAAAAGCUAAAAGCUCAAUAUGAGAAGUUUAAAGCGGAAAAUGAGAAAUUGAAGGAGUCAAAUAAUGAAAUUUUUAGAAAGAGAAACAACUGCGAAGAAGCCAUAAGAGAAAUCGAACAGAAAAUUCAAGAUUUCAACGAUGAUCUCGAAGACAAACUUAAUGUUGAUCUUUCUAAAAAGAACCUCUUCUUAUCCUUAAAAGAAGAGAGAAACGAGCUUGAAGAUACACUAAAUUCUAUGGAACGUCAACUUCAAGAGUUGAACGACUAUUUGAUGGGAGAUGGAGGGUCAGUACUUUCAAACGACCCCCAAAAGCAAAAAUAUUACGAAAAGCUUCAAGAAAAGAGAGCCCUAGAAAAACGAAAACAGGAUGUACAAAACAAAUUAAGUGGAGGAACAGUUUCUGAUGAAGAAAAGAACCAUCUGAUGCUUCAAAUGAAGAACGACAAACAGGAUACUCUCAGAAUAACUGAAGCGAUUAAGCAAUGCAAAACAUUGGUCAACUCUGAAAAAGACAAAUUGAAACAAUUGCAAGAUCAACUCGAUUCUCACAAGGGAGAAAAAUCCAAAAGUUAUGCUGAGUUUAAAAAUAAGGAUGCAGUUCUCACUAAAUAUAUGGCCAAUUUUGACACUGAUAAAAAUAAGGAAUUGAAAGAGAUAGCCGACCACCAAGAAAUUAUUGUAAAACUUUUGGAUCAUAUAAGUAACAAUAUGGGAGACCAAGAAAACCUCCCAACUCAAACCAAGCUCGAAGAAAUGAAGGACGAUUUGGCGUUCAAACAAGACCAAAAGAAUAUUUCCCUAUCGACGUUAGAAAGAUUGAAACUGGACCUAAAGCAACGAAGAGAAGAACUUGAAAAAGUUAAUAACCUUGAACAGAAAAUUACACAAGAUAUGAAGCGGAUGGAUGAGUCUAUGAGGGAAAUGAAACAAUCUCUUGAAACCUACAACAAUAUCGAAUUACUUAAGCGACAAUACGAGAGACAAAAGUCAGAGCUUGUUGAAAAUAGAGAGCAGUUAAAACUUUUAAAGGAAAACUUGAAAACAGAAAUGCAUUUAUUGAGUAGACACAAUACAACACUCGAAAGAAAAAUCAAAACGAAUGACAUUUAUACAAUUCUCAAUGACCUUGAACAGAAAAUCAGAGUUUACGAACAAAACAAUUUCCUCCUUAAUGAUUACAUUACACAAAAAGGAGCUGAAUCCGAUUAUACCGAUGUUAAAUAUAACACGAUGAAGUUGGUCCAUGAUGUCAUUGAAAUGGUCAAAGAAGAUUCGAAACAAUCCUACUUCUAA